AAUGCUAUUGUUAUUUUCCCGUCACUGGUUGGUCAAAUUAAGCAAAAUUUGUAUGGGCAUGACUCCUUUCUAAAAUAUGAUUGGUUCUUGUCGUUUUCGCUUUCCCUUGUUGGAUCCACGUAGCAGCACUGCCGUGUAAACUGAAACACUUUAUAAUUUUCCUUGGGGCGUGCGGCCGUGUCGUGAAAAUACCUCAAGAUGGACGCCGGAGUCAAAAUUGCACUCUUGUUGAAAUUGUUCCUCGGAGUUGGUUUAGUUGCUGGAGGUUUUACUCUUAGAACGACCAAAAAAUGCGCGCAAAUACUGGGAAUGCAAAACAACCAAAUCCCGGAUUCCGCUCUCAGCGCCUCCACUUCCUACAAUGUUAGCUCUAUGGGUCCAAGAAAUGGAAGGUUAUAUUUCCAGGCAAAGAGUGGGAAGUACGGUGCUUGGGCCACGUCAAGGAAUGACAAAUUUCAGUGGUUUGGAGUCGACUUUGGGAGUUAUGCAAAGGUGACCGCAUUAGCUACCCAAGGAAGGCAAGAUGGGGCCUGGUGGGUGACGAGCUACAGUCUGUCAUUCAGCCACGAUGAUGUCUUCUUUGAAGACUACAAAGAAAACAAUGUGAAGAAGGUAUGCGACGUUAUAGUCCCGAUUUAGAUAAGAUAUUAAUCCCUAAUAUCUAUCAAUCUAAACAGUAAAUACAAUCUCCUACUUUCUCACUCUACCGUGUGGUGACAAUAAUUACGCCUCAAGUGUAUCUAUUGUGUCACAUCGUCUAUUUUGAA